GGAACGGCUGAAGAACUGCAAGUACUGUGAGAGUUCUAAUUCCAGAAAAAGUUACGCAUAUCCAAAGAUCCACAAGAACAAUAGCCAUGACUAUGCCUAAUAUCAAAAAGUCGGCAGGAAAAAGAGGCCCAAGAAAACGGAAACUUGCAGAAGAAUUUCCUCCUGGAGAAGUUUUUACUGACCUUUUAAAGAAAAAAUGGAAGCUUGGUCCCGUUAUAGGCAAAGGUGGUUUUGGCUGUCUGUACCUUGCUGAUGUUAAUUCAUCUGAAUCAGUUACCAGUGAUGCACCCUAUGUUAUAAAAGUGGAACCCAGUGACAAUGGACCACUCUUUACUGAGUUAAGUUUCUACAUGCGAGCUGCUAAACCAGAACUAAUUAAAAAAUGGAUUUCUUCUCACAAACUGAAAUAUUUAGGUGUACCAAAAUAUUGGGGUUCUGGUUUGCAUCAAAAGAAUGGCAAAAGUUAUAGAUUUAUGGUGAUGGACAGAUUUGGGAAAGAUCUUCAGAAGAUAUUUGAAGAACAAGGAAAGCAGUUUUCACGCAAAACAGUGUUACAGUUGGGAUUGAGAAUACUUAAUGUUUUGGAAUAUAUUCAUGAACAUGAAUAUGUACAUGGAGACAUCAAGGCCUCAAAUCUUCUCCUGGGCCACGAGAUUCCAAAUCAGGUGUACUUGGUAGAUUAUGGCCUUGCUUUUCGAUACUCUCCAGAAGGCAAUCACAAGGAUUACAAAGAAAACCCCAAACGAUGUCAUGAUGGAACUCUUGAAUUUACUAGUAUUGAUGCACACAAGGGAGCGUCUCCCUCAAGACGUGGUGACUUGGAAAUUUUGGGUUAUUGUAUGAUCUGCUGGCUUAGUGGUAGUCUGCCUUGGGAAGAUAACCUGAAAAAUCCAGAUUAUGUCAAAGAGUCAAAAAUUAGGUAUACCGAUAACGUUUCUGAAUUCAUGUUGAAAUGUUUCACUAAAGAAAAUAAGCCAGAGUCUAAAACACACCGGAGUAUAGGACGCACCUGGAUUUCAAAGAGGAAAACAAGAAAAAAAAGUUUUUGGCCUCCGUUCGUCCCGUUUUUGCCCUCCAGCCCGCAGGAGCACUCUGCAGGCCUCCCAAACCCUCUGCACAUCCUGUUUUUGCGAAAAAGAGACAUGUUUUUCGGGUCUGGCAAACAGCAAAAAUGGGACGCCGGGGUGGGUGGGUCAGGAGGCCAAAAACAGGGCGGUAUUCAGUCUAUAAGACGCACCGACAUUUCCACCUACUUUUUUUGGGGGGGGGGAGUAUGUCUUAUAGCCCGAAAAAUAUGGUACUUUGAGGUUUCAGAGAAAGUUGAAAGAAAAAGCAACCCAUUUUGCGAACAAUAUCUGUUUCACCAGCACUCUGAUGCUGUUGUGGUCUGUGUGUUUGCAGGUUUUCUUACAGCACAGAAAAGGGUUAUAAAUGAAACGAUAUCUCAUGAAAUUGAGUAAAGAUAGUUUGUUUGCUAGGAAAUCUUUUUCUUUUCAGAAAAUAUCAGUCAAAAAAAUCUGACUAAUGUUGUUACAAAUUUCCCUGUUUAAAUCUAUUUGCUGAUCUUAUUUAUUUUUAAAAACACAGCACCAUUAAACAUAAUUCUGUUUUAAGGUUUACUGUUUAUUUAUUUACAAUGAUUACAUUUUCAAAUGUUGUCAAAAGAUAAAGGAAGAAAUUAUUAAAAGAAGGAUCUGUUUAUCUGUACUGUUACAUCCAGAUUUUCCAACAUAUUUGUGCCUGCAAACAAAGUUCAUGUUAUGUGUACUAUGAAAUUUGAUAUUUCCGUGAAACUUCAAUAUUCCUGAAUAAAAUGAAUCUAGGAAGAUUAAA